AUUCUGACUCUUUUUCUAAGUAGAACUUCUCAAGCAGAGAUCCUUUAGCUGGAAGCACUGAUUCAGGGGCAACCCGUCGUAUCAGGGACAGCAAAGCCCUCGUAUCUCAGCAGAGGGUAUUACUCUGACAAGCAUCAAGGCAUCAUGGCAAAUGAGGCAAUAUAUGUCCUGGUAACCGGCGCGACAGGUUUCAUUGGCGCCCAUGUCGUUGACGCCCUUCUCUCCCGAGGCAUCAAGGUCCGCGGCGCAACCCGUUCCCUCGCCAAAGGGGAUGCGAUGAUACAGGCUCGGCCACGGUUCGCCGGCAGGUUAGACUUUGUCCAGAUACAAGACUUUGAAAAGCUCGGUGUCUUUACCGAGGCCGUCAAAGACGUCGACGCCGUCAUCCAUGUUGCCAGCCCUUUCACUUACGACACCAGGGACAAUGAGAAGGAGCUGAUCGUACCCGCCAUCAACGGCGUACGUUCGGUCCUCGAAGCCGCGGCCACGAACCCCAAGAUCAAGCGCGUCGUCGUCACCUCAUCGUUCGCCUCGGUCCUGGACGUCGACCGAAAGGCGCCCCCUUACUUCACCUACACCGGCGAGGACUGGAACCCCCUGAGCUACGAGGAGGCGGCAGCGCCGGGGACAAGCGCGGUCGUCGCGUACAGGGGCUCUAAGAAGUUCGCCGAGCUCGCCGCCUGGGACUUUGUGAGGGAGAAGAAGCCGCACUUCGACCUCGUGACCCUGUGCCCACCGAUGACUUUCGGGCCGGUGGUACACCCGGUCAGCGGCGUCGAGAAGCUGAACGAGUCCAACGCCAUGCUUUGGAAGAUUGCGAGUGGAGAGGCACCGCUUCCCGUGGCCCGCGUUCCGUUCUGGAUCGACGUCCGAGACCUCGCCGUCGCGCACGUCGAAGCGCUCUUCAGGCCCGGCGUGGGCGGGAAGAGAUACGUGCCGGCCGCGGACGAUCGGUUCUCGUACGGCCUUGCUGCCAAGAUCAUUGCGGAAAACUUUGAUUGGGCCAAGGACGGCGUCGCUCGGGAGGAGCAGACGAUCGACACAUCUCAUGGUUUGGAUGGGGCAACGGCUGCGGAAGAACUCGGUUUUGAAUACCGGGCAUUCGACCAAACAGUCAUCGACCUUAUCAGGCAGGCAAAGGACCUUGAGAGAAACGGCAGUGGAGUAUGAAACAACAGGGAAAGUUCCCUUCGCUUCGGUUUGCUGGGAGAUGGGUGAUAGACAUGCUCGCACGCGUUUGGCGAACCAAACAGUAGUUGAUCUAUAUGAAUGUUCAGGCGAGGAUAUACCUGUCUCAGGCCAUGAGAACAUUAUCACAUGGCUAAAGCGGCCUCUAAGAAUCGCACAGAUACAUAAAGAAAUACGCAGCACAUCAGCUAGAGAAAUAGGGGUGGCGACCGAUAACCUUCAUCAAUCAAAUUAUCUUGACGCUGUUAGAAUUUAUUCC